AUGUGGGUUGUAUCUGUUGUGUUCUACACAUUGGCAUUGUUGCUUACGAUAUGGGGGAUACGGUACCAUAUUAACAUAUUCCGUUAUUCAUAUUAUACCCAAUUAUCAUUAACCCUUGCAGUAUUCAUGCCCUUAUCUAUUAUAUUUCUUCUACCGGCGGAUUACGUUGCACAUAAUACUUCCAAGGAGCUGUUGUGGUUUUCCUUACCGGAUGAUAUUGUAUUGUAUUUAUGGAAAUCAAAUUAUUGGAUAACUUUUAUACUAACUUGGUUGAUUAUACCAAUAAUUCAAGAAUUCUAUAAAUCUGGAUGUUAUAAUAAAUUUGAUAAGUUGAGAGAUGCUUUCAAGAGAAAUUUGAAAUUUCAAUUGGCGAUAUUAGCGGUAUCUAUAAUUGGGGUUCUAUAUCUUUUAUUUGAGGCUGGUUUAUCAUUUAAUCAUAUAAAGUUAAUGAUUAUUGCCUUGUCUCACAUAUACGCGUUAGUUUUGGCUUUAUGGUUGAUGGCUCAUGGUUUAAUUAGCAUUCCAAGAAACUAUUGGCUUGCUGGGAAUCAUGUGAACCAUUUGAAUCAUCUUUAUUUAAAAGUACCUAAUUCGGUUGAUAAUUUGGAAGAUACUAAAAUAUCAUUCAAGGAAGAAGUUUUACAAGUUUUAGUAAUAACUAAGAAUUUCACUAGCUCAUCUCCUGAAGAUUUCAAAUUUAGGGAUUGGAUAUUAGAUCUUUACGGGAAAAUACCCGAUGACUUCAAAGAACAAAUGGAACGCCAAUAUUUAGAAAAUUCUCAUAAUUCAAUUACAAGAGAUCAGUUGACUUUUUCUUUCAUGACAAAGUUAACUGCAAACUUCAACCUGAAUCUAUAUAAGUUGAUUGCGUAUGAGUCGGAAUUUCAAACUUUGGUCACUAACAUUACCCAGUUGGAAGAUAUUAUUGCUGCAAAAUCAAAUACUGAUAUACAACAACGUAAUAAAUUGAGUUACAGAAUUGUUACAUCCUCAUCGUCAUUAAUUAAUGAUAAAACACGUUAUACUGUGCAAGUCUAUAUAACUCCGGUUUUCUCAAGACUAUUUUCACUCGUGCUAUUUACGGCCUCGAUCAUAAUAAUCCAAUCAGAAUUUUUCCACUCAACCCAUCUAUCAUUAAUCAAUGCUUUAAUUUAUUCCACCGGCCUCCAUAAGAAUGUUUCCUUACAGUUCAUCAUUUCAGCAGUCUCACUCUCUUAUAUGCUAUUUGCGUCUUUGGAUUCACUAACCCAUUUAAAAAUUUUUAACAUGUAUCAUUUGGUUCGUCACCGUAGUGACAUAGUAUCAGCUUGUUUUUACACUACAUAUAUUGCAAGAUUAACCAUUCCAUUAUCAUAUAACUUCAUAACCUUAUUUUUUUCCCGUGAAUCCAUAUUUGAACAAUGGUUUGGUAAGUCAAUUCAUCUUACUGGGUUAUUUAAUUUAAUGAAUAAUUGGAUUCCCAGGUUUGCAUUCAUUCCAGUAGUUUUAACCAUCUUCAAUGUUUAUGAUAAAUUGAAAAAAAGAUUAGGAUUUAACUCUGAUUUAUACGAUUCCUGGGCAUUAUUCGACGUUGACGACGGCGAAAACAAUACCAAUAUAAAUGAGAGUGAUUCAAGUGUUAGAAACAAGAGAAAAGAUUUAAUCAUUGUCGAAGCUAAAAGAAUCAUAAACCGUGAAAUGUUCAGACGCCAGAACGAUCAAAGCUCCGAUAACCUUAGGUCUUUCAACUUGACAAAUGCUGCAAAUACUAACUACGAGAGUAACCGUCGUGAUUUCCACACCAAUUUGGUCUCCUCUACCAGAUCAAGAAUCGAUACAGAAUACCAUGAUGAUGCUGACGACGACGAUACACCAGCCAAUGAAAAUUUCUUCAGUCUAGACACUCCAAAUACUAAAAAUGUCUGGAAUUCUAUCGGUGGUGCCUUUUCUGGUUUUAGAAAUCAAGUCUCAACUAGGUUUUCUGGCUUUCAGGGUUCGAACAAUCCCACCGGUUACAGAGAUGAUCCUGCUGACGAUGAUGAUGAAGCUCAAGAGCGAUUAGUUUUGUAG